AUGACGGUGCCAGGCGGUCAUUGGCAGGCGUGGUGGAUACAGGCGUUACUGGACUAUUUCUCUUGCCAAUUUUUCUUCGAUGGGGUACUUUGCUGGCCACCUUCAGCGCCCGAUACAAAGGUAGAACAGAUCUGCCCUCUGGACAGAUAUGAGGUUGCGUUAGUACAAAGAACAUGUUUUUCCAAUGCCACUUGGGAACAGGCGAGUCCUCAAUCAUUAUACUUAUCCGACUCGUGUCGAUGCGUCCAUUGUUUGUCUUUGGCGGUUCUGAACAAUUUGGGUUACGCCUUGUCGCUAGCUGCGUGCGCCGUUGCCUUCCUCAUAUUUUUAUGUUCAAGAACUCUACACUGUACGAGGAAUCGGAUACACUGGCACCUUAUCAGUUCCUUUAUGUUGAAGUACCUCGUCUACUUUGCACAGAUUGCGUUGUUUAAUACAAAAGAACUGCACCUGACGCGGAUUUUGGAUACACUCCUGUUCUAUUUCGAGCAAACCAAUUACUUCUGGAUGUUCGUUGAGGGCAUGUACCUCCACACAUUGGUCGUGUUCGCGCUUCGUAUAGACGCUGACAAGAUCAUGUUCUGGGUCUACUGUAUCAUUGGAUGGGGGUUACCAAUGGUUUUCGUCGGUUCCUGGGCUAUCGUAUCAGUUGCACUCUACCCAGACAGUCAAUUCAUCAAUAUGAGCCAGGAUGCGGUGAUUGUCCACGAAUACGUUUGCAUCAUUGGACCCAUCCUUCUAGUGUUGGUUAUUAAUUGCUUCUUUCUACUCAACAUCGUCCGUCUCUUGAUGAGUAAACUUCGCAUGCAAGGAAACCGAACCAGUGAUAUUCAACACUACAGGCGGGCAGCAAGAGCAACAUUGGUCUUGGUUGUUCUUCUUGGUGUGGGUUACAUCCUAUUCAUCUGUCUGUCAUUCCUUCCUACAGACUUACCCCCUUUGGGUAACUUGAUUCUCAAGUACGUCAAUGUCCUUCUUGCUAGCACCCAGGGCCUGGCCGUCUCUGUCAUCUACGUAUUCUUAAACACAGAGGUGAGAACCGUGCUUCGCAGAAAGUGGCGCCGACGAUAUGGCAGCAAAACCCCGUCUUGUUUAUGCCGUAAGCGUCCCAAACCCCGCACUUCCUCGUACUCCAAGUACGACGAGCAAACGUGCACCAGUACGAUGCGUAGCAUGGCCAACAACGACACCAUGGGGGAUUCAUGCUACAAUGAUGACGACGUGGGUCACCGGGGUCAUCACCAUGGCAACAAGAACGCCAACGGUGGUGGAACGGGGACAAUCAUCGCCAACGGAGACACGAACGGCAUGAGAAAGAUUAAGGAUGAGACGAUUGAGAUGGACGUAGUCAAGAACAACGGAACUGCCGCCAAAUGGGAUCGGACAGAGGAAGGGGAGGAAGUGGAGGAGGCGGAGCCUCUUCUGGAGGAGGGUCAGCCUCAAAAGACACCUGCAGCGACCAUUGUCAUAUCGGAAGCAACCCCAGAACAUGAAACGAGUGCUUCCAAGGAAAACGAUACGGAGUUUAACGAACACUAGGAUAAACCUGAACCCCAAUACUAAUGUUGUAUGAUAACAAAGAAAGGCAUCAGGGCCAAUCUGCUUUAACAUAAAAAUCAGCUAAACACAAGUUGGUUUCUCAAUGUAUACUUAUGGACCCAAUCGCAUAAAGCUGUUAAGCGGAAAUGCUGCUUUCAAAGCUUCCUUGCUAAGCCAAAAUUUAGUGGGGCACCUGCCACAACAAUGUAAAAUAAAUUUAAUUUUGGCCGGUAACCGUUUAUGUUAAGUACUACUUUUCUGUGCUUAGCAUGUUUUUGUGCUUACAGGCUUAUUGAAAUUGAGCCUUGACUCUUUGUUACUAACUCACACUCCUGACGGUUGCAAAAGGUCCUGGCUUAAUUUGAAAGAGCUUCCUAAACAGAAAUAUUGGCUUAAAGACUUUCUGCUGAGCAAAACUAAGUAAGAUACUAGCCAAAUGUUGUUAAUGUGACAUGGUAUUUAGGUUGGUAACCUCUGUAUAAAUUGUUCUGCUAAGCAAAAGGAAAUAUGGAAGCAGUUAAUGUACAAUGACAUGGUAUUUUGGCCGGAAUACUUAUUAUAUUGUGGAAAGCAUAUAUAUUUAUCGCUGAGCUGAGUUCGCAGCUAUUGUAUAGACAGCUCAAUGAAGUUGGAAAUUGGAAGCAGUUUCACGACCUUGAUUGCCGAUGUAAGCAAAAUAUCGGCGCUAAUGGUUGCAUAUAUAAAUCCACGCUUAGCAUAAGCGUAUUUGAGGUUCAAAUCAUAAGGUUUAUUUAUAUUAAGGUAACCAGCCAAUCUACCACGUCACAUGUCCAAUCUCUGCCUGGUAACCUGCUUAUAUUUGGCGUAACAGAAAAUUAUUAAGCAAAGGGAGACUUUGGGACGCUUGGUGGCAGCAGACUUACCAGGUAAAUGUCCCCUGUUUCAAAGUUCCAAGCAUGCGCACAUUACCGAGAACAAUGGAUUUUACCUGGUAAGUCUGCUGCCACCAAGCGUCCCGGAAGUCCCCUAUUAUUUCUGCUUCAUAUGUCUAUAUGAGAUUAAGGACAGUUUCAUGUCUGUAUCAGAGCAAAAUGUUGCUAAGCAAAUAAUGUAUUACCAACCACAUACAAUGACACGUGCAAAGAAUUUUAAGCAGCAUUUCCUUCUUUACUUUUAUAUUAAACUGCUGUGCUUCACAGCUCUGUAAAUAAAACUCUUGGCUUAAUUUCUAAGUCACGUUAUUUUGAAUUAUAUUGUAGGUUGAAACUUGCAUCGGGGAUAAAGUAUAUAAAUUUUGAUUUUACCCAUAAUACACCGAUGUGUUUUAGUACUGUAUACU